AUGCUACAGAGGCUAUUGAUCUCAAGGCUUCUUUUGAACAAAUUUGGACAGUUGACUACAGGCGGUGUUGAUCUUUGCUUGGGCAGGCUUGACCUUUUCCGUGGACUCUACACAGGAAAUAUGGCUUCCAGUGCGAAUGGCCCGGUUUCCGCAGACGAUAAAUUUAAUUUGAUCACGAGAAAUUUACAGGUUUGUUUGAUCCUUUUAGUCUUAACUUAAUAUAUUUUGAACUGAUGCGCUUCAGUUACUUACUUGAGUUCCACACUACUCAUUAAGUGGUUUUAAUUUCUCUUUCGUCCGCUAUUCCGGGAAACGUUUUCACUAUUGAAGACCAAAACAAGUUGGUCUGGGCGUCCGUAAUCGAGGUUUCUAAAAGGCGAGAGUUGAUUGUACUCACGUUUUUACUCUUUUUUCUAUCAGGAGGUGAUAGGGGAAGAUCGCUUGAGGUCCUUGUUACAGGAAAAACAUAUUUCUUUGUACUGGGGUACUGCUACCACAGGAAAACCACAUGUUGCUUAUUUUGUACCAAUGACAAAAAUUGCAGACUUUCUGAAAGCAGAAUGUGAGGUGAGUGAUUAUCUUUGUUUUCUGCUCCUUCCGUCUGCUUAUGUCAGUGCCCCAUUAUAUUAAAAAGGUCUAAAGAGACAGAAAUGUUUUAGACUACUGAGCAGAAUUCCAGCAGAAAUUAGGUAUCUGAGCAGAAUUUGAAUUUUCAAAGAGAAUAAACUAUUUUUAUAUUAGCAUGUCAAGGGUCAGAAUGAAGUAAUUUUAUUAACAAUUUUUAUUCAAACAAAUAUGGUGACCAUGAAAUCAGAAACAUUUUCAGGGAUGCGCGGAAAAAUUAAGACCAAUCACUUCUGAUUAACUGCUUUAUUUUCCUUCAGAGUUGCAUCUCAUUUUUCUUUGGUGAACCAAACUUAGGGGGAAUCUAACUUGAGACCAGGAAAGACUUCACCACUUGGGAUCUUUAUAAGCACCCCUAGCUUUGAAAAAUGAUAUUUUGGAAGAAGAAAACUCAUUUCCUUAUUGGGAGAAGUAGGUUUACAUAUGUUAGCCUAAACUGCAGACAGAACUAAACUUCUGGUCAAGUCCGUUUGUGAAAUAGUGCUGGAUUCCUUGUUCUGAGUCCCCACCUGUGUACAGGAUUUGAGUAUGUGCCAUGAUUUGCCUGUUAAAAAAAGCCAUUGAUAAUUUACAAUUAUUUUGCUAAUCUGGUUGAAGGGAAAUUUGAAAUACAUUUCUGGUAAUUUGUAGUGUCUAUUGGGCCCCAGAACAAGGAUAUUGUGGCUGCUUUGCAGAUGUUACUAACUGGGGUUAUAUGAAGAUUGCAUCUGCAAAACAGACUAGCUAGUUUAUGUAGGAGAACUGGCUAUGAGUCAAAGAGUUACCUGACCUACUUUAUCCCAGGCAGAAAUUAAAUUACUCAUUAUCUCAAAAUGGUACAAGGAUAAUAUCCCACUGGAGGUUCACAUGCAGGUAUAAUAAUGGUGGCAAGGGGUAAGAAGUUCAGAUAUUUGAAUAACCAUACAUAAAACACAAUUCAGCUGGAUUGCUAGGUUCUUGGUGUUGCUGACAAGUUCAAUCACCAAGGUGCAAUCAAUCACCUAUGAAAUGAUGUAAUACAAAAGGUUGAAAAGGCGUUUAAACAAUACCCACCCCACAACACAAAAGUGAACCAACAAUAUUCUCUGCAACACCAAGAGACACCUGCUAGACCCAGCCUAAAGAUUAACAAAACACUCCUUCCCCCGUCAAAAAAGGAAGCAAAAAGAAAAUACAUAGCCAUUUUAAGACCUAAGCUAAGUGACCCAGUUUGAGAUAAUGUGAGGGAGUGCUAACCUCUUACCAGUUAAUCAAAGAAAUUUGCAGCUUACAAUGUACAUCAUUAUAUUAACCCUUUGAGUCCCAAUAGUGACAAAGAUCAAGUUUCUCUUAAUGAUAUCCAUACACUGUUGAGAGAUAAGUUGUGAGAAUUAAUAAAAUGAUCAACCAAGAGAAAAUGCCUUGAUCUAUUAUCAAAUUCUCACAACUUAUUCUUUAAGGAAAUGUAUGGAGAUCAGUUUGGAGAAUUUGUAUGUGGAUACUGGGGCUUAAAGGGUUAAUAUAGUUAACAUUUUUGUUUUUUUAGACAUGUACAUGUUGUCUGCUGGUUUGUUUCAUUCUACGAAAUCAAAAAUUCUUUUUUUAGGUAACAGUUCUGUUAGCUGACCUUCAUGCAUACUUGGAUAAUCUUAAAGCACCGUGGGAGCUGUUGGAGUACAGAGUGAAAUACUAUGAGGAAGUUAUCAAGGUUAGACAAAAAUUAUGAGACUUUUUUUUUUACCAGACUAUUGAUUUUUAAGAAGGAGUUGGUCUAGUGUGUCCUGUAUAAAUGCCUCUUUGGGUAAAUGUUACAACUGACUCAAGUUAAAAUUUUUGAACCAAGGUUGAUCGUCAGUUUGCUUUGUUUCGUAUCCCUAAUUAUUCAUGAAUUAGGGCUAGGAGUCAAAGAAAAUUGAGAAUCAACCUUGGUUACAUAAAUAAAUAUAUUUUGUAUUUUUUUGAUAUUAUUCUUCUUAUUAUUAUUGAACAUUUUUGUCAGUUUGAUAUUCUUUAACUUUAUACUUUAUACAGGUUUAUACUUUUUAUAUAAGGCCCUCCAAAUAAUAUCCCCCCAAAAUCGUAACGCAAAAAAACCCUUCGUUAAAUCGCUCCUCUGAAUAUAAGCCCCUCAGGGGGCUUGUACUUGGAAUUUGCCCUGCAAUACAAAGCAAAAAUGGUAAACUUCCUUCCCACGUACUAGCUAGCCCAAUCGAUUUUGAAACACAAAUUUCCCUCCGUAGAUAAGCCCCAACGAAUAUAAGCCCCUCAAAACGGGCCUUUGAAAAAUAUAAGCCUCGGGGCUUAUUUUCGGAAUUUUACAGUAUCCUCACUGACCGAUUAACUUGUUACAAACCGAAAUAAUAAUUAUGCACAUCUGUCACUUUUAAUAUGAUUUUUUGUUUGAAAAUUGAUUUUCUCGUACAGGCCAUGUUGGAAUCAAUAAAUGUUCCUUUGGAAAAACUAAAGUUUGUGAGAGGAACAGAGUAUCAGCUAAACAGGUGACUGAAACCUUCACUUAACUAAUUUCAGUCACUCAUUGCAGUUUAAGCUGAAUGUUUUUUGUUUUGUUUUUUUUUGUUUUAAUAAUUAAAGAAAAGAAAAGAUGUACAUGUACAAAUAAGGAUAACAGUAAGAAUUUUUUUCUCUCUUUUUGUCUGGCAGAGAUUAUAUUUUGGAUGUUUUCAAAAUGACGACAGUGGUCACUGAGGUAACUUUCCUCUCACAUGUUCUUUUCUUCAGCUUAUUUAUCACAGUUACCAUUAAUGAUUGAUAAUUACUGUUUAUAAACAAAUUGUUAAAUUAUAAUAAAAUUAUUGAGCUGGUGGCAAUGCCCAACAUAUUUUCAUGCCAUCAUUAAUCUUAUUUUGGGAACUCUGUAAUAAUAAUUUUAUGACCUGAAUCACUGAGUGAAGACAUCCAUCUUGCAUUUAUAUAUUUUUACUAUUAUUUUAUAUUGUUGUUUUUCUUUUUAUUUGUCACUGUUUGUGGCUCUGUCCCUCCAUCAUUGGGAAGUUAUGUGAGGGAACCACAGGGGAGGUGAAGACAGUGGUGGAUUUUACUUACCACAAUUAAAGCAGGGAUGUAAAAACUCUCCAUUUUUGACAAUGUUAAUUAUGUGGUUUGCAAUUUUCCUCCUUGAGGCCUACAGUACAAUCCUCUACCUGAUUAGUUUUUUUCUUUACUGUCAGCAUGAUGCCAAGAAAGCUGGGGCUGAAGUUGUAAAACAAGUGCAACAUCCUCUGUUGAGUGGUCUGUUGUAUCCUGGGCUACAGGUGAACACUGAUGAAUAUCUUUGGUUUGAACAUACUUUCCCUUUUGAAUUAAGAGGCCCUAUUUUGGUUAAAUUCUGACACAGAGCAUUGCUUUGAAACAGUUACAUACCAAUAAGACAGAUUAAACCAAUAAAAAGAGGGGUUUGCCUAAAACUUACAAUCCGGAAUCCGGAAUAAACCCGAAUGACUCUGAAGUUUAGUGUUUAGGGUUAAGUAAACUAGUGAAUCAGGUUCAAAUUAGGGUCAGCAUUAACUGACCUGAAACUUGAUUCACUCAGUUUCCUAACUCUGAUCACUAUAGAGCGGUUUUCACUUGACUGUCGUAAAACCAAAACCAAAGUAAAUACACUAGCCAACCAAAGGGCGUAGUAAAACCAAAACCAAACUAAUUCCUCAAUUACUUUCGACAGUCAAGUGAAAACCGCUCUAAACUUCAGAGUCAUUCGGCAUUCAGUAAGGGUUUUUUACAGAUUCUGGAUUCCGGAUUUUAGGCAAACCCUAAAAAGAGUAAAAUAGUAGAUGUUGACUGUAACUGGACUAGUUAUAACCAGUAUCACCCAACCGUUAAGGGGCAAUACUUGAAAAUUGUUCAUCUUGUUUCGUUAAGGCUCUUGAUGAAGAAUUCCUCAAGGUGGAUGCACAGUUUGGAGGGGUUGAUCAGCGCAAAAUAUUCACUUUGGCUGAAAAGGUAAUUGUUAUUUCUAUUACAUGUAAUUGUUUGUGCCUUAUUUGCAAUCUGCAGCUCAGUAGGAAGAUAAUUUAUCUGAUUUCAGAAAGCAGCGAAAAAUAUAGGACUGCGAUAAAUUGAGCAAUGGUAUUCAUGGCUACAAACAAAAGGGGCUCUACUAAGGGUACUUUCAUAAUGACUAUAUUGUAGUUGUGGGGAAAAGAUUGUUGAAUCCAUGAAGUAGUAUUUUUAUUCUCAUUUCUGUAAGUUAGCCAAGUUGAAGUCCAUGCUGUAAAUUUUGGACGUUAAUCUUUAACAAAUUGACCAAUUACUAGGCAAAAACAGACUCAGCCAUAUUAUUGUGUUAUUGUUUUAUUAUUAUUGUUGUUAUUAUUAUUAUUAUUAUUAUAAUAUAUAUAAUUUACAGGGCUGUAAUUUUUUUUCUCUUGAAAGAACAUAUGUCCUACCAAAGAAACCAUCUUGGUUGGACAAAACAAAUUUUGUUCGGACAUCACCAAUAAAAGGUUGAACUUCAUAUACUUUAAUUCUUUAGGUAGAUUUUUGUUCCUCCUUACCCUAAAAUGAUUUACGAUAAAUAUAUACACUGUAUCUGCAUGCACCUUAUUGCAAUAACAGCAUCAUAGAACACUGAUAAAAAAGCUACACUAAGGAAUUUAGAAGGCAGUGCCAUCACUAAAACAAGACAGGUUCUUCCAGAGGGCUUGAUGGUUACUACUGUAGAUGAAACUGAAUUAACUUGCUGACGUGCAGAAUCCAAUGCUCAGCUGACAGCUCUGAAUUCAUCAAGCUUAUUCCUAUCUUCUUUUAAAUAUUUUUGCUUUUUUUUUCUGUUACAACAUUAUUGCUACUUGAAACCCACACCAUUAUAAGGAUCUAAUUGGCAUUAUGUUAUUAAUUUUGUUUUUAGUACCUCCCUUCCCUGGGAUACAAGAAAAGAAUACAUCUGAUGAAUCCCAUGGGUAAGUUUAUUAAUAAUUUUGAACUACAUGUACAUACAGUGAGUUAUUUCUUAACUGAGCAACUCAUGUUCCUGCAAUUGGCGUCAAAAUCACUGAGACAUUGUCCUUGAAUGGGGUAACUUCAAAGAACAGGACAAUCCACCCCCCACCCUCUUUCUCCUCCAUCGCAAGUUGGGGUGUUUGUUGUUUUCUGCAGGUAGCUUGAACAGUGGUACAACAUCACAUGGAGGUUGUGGAGGAUAGAGAAUUUUUUUCUCUUUUUUUUAGCUGGCAAAAUGUUAUAGAGGCCCUUUAGGGCAAAGUGUCUCAACUAAUUUUGCCGCCAAUUUUUGCUUUUUCCUGCUGAAUAUGGCUACAUGGUGUAACAGUAGAAUAUUAUUGUUUAUUGAUUGACAGUCCCAGGACUAACAGGAACCAAGAUGAGUGCCUCUGAUGAGGUAAGGCUGACCUCCCAAAUGGAACUAAUUAAUAUAUAAUUAAUGCUUAAUGAAGGCAAUGAUAGGAACAAUUCUUAUGAUCAUCUUGAGUGACUUUUUUGUCAUUUUUUGCCCUUUUUAAAGGAUUCAAAAAUUGACCUUUUGGAUAGUGCAUCUGCUGUGAAGAAAAAGCUGAACAAGGUCAGUUUCAACUCCACUUGUUCUUUCAUUUAUUUUUUUUACGUGAAAAUGAAAUAUGGCUUUUUCUCCGAGCACCAUGCGAGCAAGGGCUCCAUUUCCUUGUGCGAGAUUGAGGGUACUUGAGAGGUAGAGAAAAACGAAUUUUAAGUGUGCUUAAAAUUAGAAGCAUAAAUCUUAAGAAAAUUGAAGUCGAUUCUUUAAAAUGGAGAAGAUUUUAUUGUGUUUCAUAGCUUUUUCGAAUAACACGCGACCUGCGAUGUCAAAAACGUCUUUGGCAUGGAUUUUGGAUUUUUCUGAGAUGUCAAUCAAAAUUUGAAGGCUAGGUGCCUAUUUUUUCCACUCUUUCUUUUGUCAAUUGGGAGGAUUUAUUCUUUGAUGUUCUUUUGUGUGAUGAACUUUUUACAUUUUAGCUCUCAAGUUAUUUCACCUUCUUACUGAAACAUAGCAAGAUGAGAUUCCUAAGCUGUAGACGACUGCGAAAUUGUUCCUUUAGAGCUUAUUGGCGCCUUUAUUUGGCAAGCAAGGAUUUGAUGCUACGGUAACGGUUUGAUUGACUUCGAAGAAAAACCCAAAAUCCCAAAACAUUUCUAACAACGCAGGUCGCGUGUUAGCUCAUACUAUCCGAAACAGCUGUAACAGUCUAAGAUACCGUGGGUGUCCUGAAAAGUAACAUUAAAAUUGUGCUGUCAACGUGAUAUGAAUCUAAAAAUUAUAAAGCUGCAAGUCCGUGAUAGCGAGUCAGUCAGUCAUAGCGUUUAAGUUUUUCAUUUUUCCUUCUUGUUGCUUAUUCUGUUGUUGUCGGCAAGGUGAGAGUCAACUGCACAACUGCAUUUGUCGGAGCGCUUUUUUCAUAGUGAAAAAAUUCUAUCUCACUCACAUACGCUUAGCUUAGAAAACAGCCAACAUUUCACGACUCCAUCACUGGUUACCCCGCGAAAUGAGGUCUAAGGAGGAACGACCGCAGAAAUUCAUACUGAUGACACAUCACUACCCAAAUCUGGGUAGUGCUUCUGAUUGGUUGAAAAAUUGCUUCAUCCGAUGAGAAGCAUUACUCAAAUCUGGGUUGUGACACGUCGUCAGUAUGGAAUUUCUACGCUCGUUCCUCAGACGUCAUUUUGCGGGAGCACCAGUGGUGGCGUCCUGAAAUGUUGUCUGUUUUCUCAGGCUGUCACAUGCUCUGGUUCAUCUAAAUCACAGUCAUCAUCAUGUAAUUCCAUUUAAAAAUCCUUCUUCCUCACCCAGGUUAUAAUACUUUAAACUUUUAAAAUUGUUUAAAAUUUUAAAUUGUUUUCUUUUGUGUGUCUUUAGGCCUUCUGUGAAGAAGGAAAUAUUGAAGAGAAUGGUCUUCUUGCUUUUGCCAAGUUUGUCAUUUUCUCAAUUCUGGAAACUAGGCAUCAAACAGGUUUGCAUCAAUUAAUCUUUCAAUUUCUGGAGACUUGAAUUGCCUCGGUAACGGUUGAGCCCCCCUUGCGUUUGGCCUCAUUUCUAAUAUCACUUUCAUAAUUAACCGCUAGUCUAAAACGUCACUCACUGUAUUUUUGAGAGUGUUGCAGCGUGUGGCUAUUGUGGUUCAAUUUUGUUUCCAACUCAGUUCCAUAUCGUUCAUUGGCAUACCUAAAAACAAAGGAAAGGAAAAAUUUGAACCAAGGAAAAAUUAAUCGGACCACAACUUAGCCACGUCAAGUGAAACAUAAUUAUUGCAUGCACAUUGCUUGUAACCGACUUUUUUACAAUUUUCAUUUGCAAUAAGGGGGUAAGGAUUGUAAGAGUUUUCUCCUUUUUCUUCCUUGAUUUAGAAUUUGUGAUAGAAAGAACUGAAGCAAAUGGAGGAAAAGUUUCAUUUAAGGAUUACGCAUCUCUUGAGCAAGCUUUUGCCAGGAAGGUAAGUUCUCACAUAGAUUAUUAUGGUGCUUAGAACAGCUACCCAAAACACCUAUUGGCAGGCUGUCGUGGCUGUCGGGUUUUGGCCAACUCAUCAAGCGAACCAACCACCCAGCGAUAGUUUAAGGACAAUUUAAAGGCACUCGCACGGGUAACAGCAUUUGGCUUUUAAACUGUGCAAUUAAACUGACACGUAACGUAUGUCACCAUGAGUAUAAAAGUGAAGAGGUAACGUGUGUCCACCCUACCCAUACCCCCAGGGGGAAGUACCCCUCAGAUACGUGUGUGCCGGCUAGCUUCCCAUGCAAACGUUCUUAGUGUUUCAUCUUGCGUCCCCCACCCCACCCUUAGCCCAGGUUUGCUAAACCAUGACCCUGUUAUGACACCCUAUUCAAGGGAAAAAUAAAAACCAACGAAACCAAGAAUUUCAUGGCAACACACAAACCUCCAUUACAUCGCUCUCUUUUUACUCUAAAGGGGUAGUUCAAUUGUUUUUCUUGUACCUGAGAAUUUACGCCCUUGAAAAACAGCUGAUACAGUCUAGGUAAUCUAUGUAGGGUCACGCUGCGAAAAUAAUGCCAACCAUGGCAAAACGAUUCGUUAUUAUUUUAGGGAUCGAGACCCUCAAAAACCGCACCCGACUUGAUAAGUCCUAAUGAGGACGAAACAGCUGUCCAUGGCUGCCACUACCGGGGUGAUGUUUGUGCGCAUGUGUAAGGUACUGGCCAUACCGCGGAGUUGGUACAUGUGUUUCAGUGCUUAAAUUGGUAUAGCUCAUACCUAUCUGGCCCAUGUAUGCGAGUUAUCUUCCCCCGAGGCCCCUGGAUAGCAAUAAUAAUCAAUCAAUCAAUCAAUCAAUCAAUCAAUCUACGUAUCUGAACACAAAUGAUCUUCUUCUGCAGAAUAUUAAAUUCACAAGUUAACCAGAGCACUUCCACUGUUUGUACUACGCGACGAACGUCAAACCCUGUAAAACGUAUUGCUUUUAUAUUACCAUAGUAUUUCUGUCGUGUUAGGAGCUGCAUCCGCUGGAUCUUAAAACAGGAGUGGCGACCUUCUUAAAUGAGGUAAAGAGGAUUGAAUUUUAGUUGUGUUGCAAUUUUGUAUAUUUUUGCAUUCGUUUACUUUUACACAGUCUUACUGAUACUUGCUCUCUUUUUAAGCUUCUGGAGCCAAUAAGAAAGAAAUUCCAAACUCCUGAGCUACAGAAGCUGACCAAGCUUGCUUAUCCUGAGCCCAAGAAAGCAAGUAUGUUUCAAGGAACUGUACGUUGUUGUCUUUGCUAAACAUAUGCCCUGUUGUCCAUAGCCUACUCCAGGCGUUCAGAUAGUGGAGUGCGGUGCGAAGUCAGAGGGCGGGAAGAACGCCUGGAACAGGCUAUGUUGCCCUGGGUACCAGAGGCGUUUUUCUCGCGUGCGUCCGGAUGCUUUAGUGUCGGCCGCAUGCCGGCAGCUCUUCCUCCGACGGCCGAAGCCACGAGCACCGAAACCAGACAACGGGCAUGAAACGUCUCUGGCACCUUACAAUUUACCUUCCCUCAAAUUAGCCUAAGAAAACAGCCGAUAUUUCACGAUCCACCACUUGAUUCCCCGCGAAAUGACGUCUUGGGAAGUAGGUAGAAAUCCCAUUCUGAUGACCUGUCACUUGAAACUAGUUGUGCGUCGCGAAAUGUUGGCCGUUUUCUCAGGCUACUCCUGAAUGUAUUUCUCGUUUUACAGAAGGUGGGAAGGGAGGUGCGUCUGCCAACCCAGAGAGAGCAGUUGAUCCGUCCAGAUUAGACCUGAGGAUCGGGAAAAUUGUGUCAGCAAAGAAGGUACGUCUUGCAGAUGUAAACUGGUGUAAGGACUUUGUCAUCACAGUCAGACCUUUACUAUAAGCGGACACCGUCACCUUUGGGGGUGAUUUGACCAGGUUUGACCAGCCUAAAAGAGAAAAAAACAUUUUUCAGCAAUAUAAGCCAUCGAUAAUGACCGUCACGGCUCCUUCAAAGAACUUUUUUACGACCCAUCAAAAGCUACUUGUAUUUUUUCCUGUCUACAGAAAGAAUCGGUAAUCGUCAGGCUAAGUUCAAGUAUUAGGAUCUAUUAAUGAUUCUCUCAUUUCUUUUAGCAUCCUGAUGCGGAUUCUUUGUAUGUGGAAGAAAUUGAUGUCGGGGAAGAAAGUAUGUAAUCCUUUCGAAACAGUGAAUGUUUUAAGUCUUCAGUGGAUUCGUACCACAAUGUUUUGUCAGUCUGUAAAAGAUCUAAACUAGGGACUUAACGAUCCGAUGACGCGAUGGCAGCUUAAACGUCGCGUAAAAAGUGAAUUUACGUUUAUUAGUCUUUAUCGCGAUUAUUCAUGCCUAUUUUCUUUAUCAAAAGUAGGCGAAUCCUUCUGGAGGGUGGACACACGUUACCUCUUCACCUUGAUACUCACGGUGACAUACGUUACGUGUCAGUUUAAUUGCACUGCCUAAAAAAGAAAUGUGGUUACCCGUGCUUCUGAACCCUUCUAGGAUCCCUAUCAAAGUUCAGAAAGAGAAAUAGAAUUUCGUUGUCCUUAUUUAUGUCCUCCAUAAAAUGUAAAAUUGGUCAAUUUCACGUCGUAGUCGUGCAAAAAACACCCAAGAAAUGUAUGAAAAAAGUGUGGUGCACGUGCAAAGUUGUUGUUUUGCCUUCUAAGCCUGUUGCGUUUUUUUCUGGUUUCUUUUGUUUUUUUUCGUUUUUUGACGUUCUCGUUGCCAUGGCGUCAAAGGAUCGUAAAGUCCCUAUUAGUAAAGUCCCUAUUAGUAAAGUCCCUAUCAGUAAAGUCCCUACUUGGUCUUCUUUUUCAGAGCCAAGAACAGUAGUAAGCGGAUUAGCGGAAUAUGUGCCUUUGGAAGAGCUUCAAGACAGAUUGGUGGUCAUGAUGUGCAAUUUAAAACCCGUAAAUAUGAGAGGUGUGUUUAAUCUUUGUCAGCUGAAAAUAGUUCGCUGCUCUCUUCAGUAAACCUUUAGCCCUAUUCACUCUGCAAAAUGCACAACAUCUGCUUUACAAUAUAAAUUUAAAUUUGUAGAAUACUGAAAAGGACGUCGCUAGAAAUUUUUCCAACGUACGCACAGUUUUCCAAAGUAACCCUACCCCGUCUCCAAAUCUCACGCGGGCGUGUGACUUGGCGAUCAACAUCAAUUUUCUCCUGCUGAAUAGGCCAUUUGCAUGAUGGCUUCAUUUUACUACUAUGACCAGGAUCCUUCAGGGUUUUGCCUUCUUGUGCGGGGCUACCAAUUUUAAAUAUGAAAAGAAAAACGAAAAUAAUUCUGGUCGUAGUAGUAAAAUGCCGCCAUUGUGCAAAUGGCCUAUUUCAGUAGAUAGUCAAUAGAUCGGCCAAUGAGAAUUAAAAAGUUGAUCACCUAAGGAAAAUGCUCUGAUUUACAAAGAAAUUCUCCCACCAAGUUCUUUAAGGAAAUGUAUGGAGACCAGUCUGGAGAAUUUGUAUUUGGAUAGUAGGGCUUGAAGGCUUAAACCGUGUUCUUAAGAUAGUAUUUACAGCUCUCACGUGUGGCUAGGCUUGAGAAAAGUACCCUAUUUUGUUUUGGAAAAUUAUCUGAAGGAAGUUAAAGUGGAGUUACAUAGGCAACUGCACCGUUUUUAGCUUUCCGUUGUUUUAUACGACGUUCUGUUCUUUGCUUUAUUUUUCAAGUUUUUUGAUCGUUUUAAUGGCAAAACUUGACAAGAUGUUACUUUUUCAGUGCACAGGGAAACAUUUGCUAAGGUUUUCUAUGCUACAAAGGAAAAGUUGUCGGGAGUACUUGCUUGGUUAAAUGAGCCUUACAAAACACUGGGGGUGAAAUGUUAACAUGUCUAGUUAUCUGCUCCAAUAACGAUUUUUCAGUUUUCCGCGAAUCUAAUGCUGUUACUUGAAAUUCAAUUAAACUCCUAUAUCUUGUGUCUCACUGCCACCUAAAUUUGUGUUUUUCUCUUUUUAGGUAUAAAGUCAGAAGCGAUGCUUAUGGCAGCAUCCAUAACUGGGUAGGUUUUUCAAACGGGCCUGCCCUGUGUGUAUCUUUAGAAACGAGGACAGACUGGAGCCAAACGCGGCGGUCAGCUAUUAGCCAAUAGGCUUUUUCCUGUCCCUUGUGACAGUUCCAGAAGUCUUUGCGAAAGUUAACUCGGCCCAGUUUCCUUCUCGUUUCUUAAGUGACUAAUUCGCUCUGAUAGAGAGGUGAAGUGUGAUGUCACGUUACCAUGGAACCAAACUUUCUGGAUCUCAACAAUCUUUCUUAAAGAGGCGAUUAUUUUCAUUGUCGAACGAUGGAAGGAAAGUAUGGGCUACCGUUUUGUUCCUGGGUGCAAUCAUGCAUAGGAAAGUCGUACAUGUCAAUUUUUUUCGUCUUUUCUUACCAUUUUUCAGGACAACGGUUUGUUGAGAUUCAGAAAUUUUGUUACCAUGGCAACGUGACGUCACGGCUUCUCCACUCUAUAGCCCCUACCCUCUUCAAAUCCCUAUCAUCUCCCUUUAAACAGUCCAAAUGAUUGAGCCUCCUACCAAUCUAAUUAGCCCGCGCUUCUCCCCAAUUAUAGCGAGAGACAUUUUUAUUUUCCGCGCCCCAGAGUCUUUCUCGCCCGCGAACCCAGACAUAUUUCCGGUUAUCGCGUCUAAACUUCGGGCGAAGAGAAGCAACAACCGGAAAUACGUCUGCGUUCGCUGGCUAGACUCGUUUGCGAGCUGUUCUUUUCUUAGGGAAAUGUAAUAAAGUGGCAGGCGCGAAUUAUGUCAGGAAAAUAAACAGGCCAGCUCUUUAACCACGUCAACUGAUGAAAAUGUGUAUCUUUCUAGCUCUGAUGGGAAGCGGACAGUUAUUCCUCUAAAGCCGCCGGUAGACUGUAAACCAGGUGACCGAGUUGUUAUACAAGGAUACGAACAUGAAACAGCCGGAGGUACAGACUUAGUCACUCAGUGGCGUCUGUUCUGUUGUUCAUAUUUUUACUGUAGUUAUUACCUUCCUUGUCGUAACGUUGUUGUUUCUGUAUAGGGAGCUCAAGCAAUAGAUAAGAUAAACAAAACAACAACUCUGCACGUGCAUCACGCUUUUUUGUACAUUUCUUAGUCGUCACUGCGCGCGACUACAACGGGAAAGUGCCUAAUUUCAGGUUUUGUGGGGGACGUGAACAAAAGGCAACGACUUCCUUUUUCUUUUCCUGUACUGAGAUACGGUCUUUUAGAUAGAAUUCAACUCCAGAAAAAAAUUGCUAACAUUUGACAAAUCGAAAGAAAUAGAAUAAGUAAGUUUGAAGUAGCACUAAUUAGUCACAUUUAGGCCCCGGCCACACGUAUCCCGAUAUUUUUUGAAAAAGGAGAUUUUUUUUUUCUCCGUUUAAAAAAAGAUACGCAUCCAACGAUGUAAAUACGAUAGAAUCACUUACGGAGCAUGCGUCAUGCUAGAAGUAUAUGACAUCAUCGUAUUCGAAAACCUCCGUUUUCGUCCGUCCACUCGUAAAUGAAAAGCCGGUGUUUUCAAAAAUCUCCACUCUGGUGAGCGUUUUUUGAAAAGAUCCAUUUUCGGUGACUGUUUUCACCGGAUGCGUGUGGACGGUAGGCAAAACCGGAGGAAAAAGUAUCCGCUUUCAAACAAAAACAGAUACGUGUGGACUCUGCCUUAAACUGACGUUUUCGUAACCAUCGCCGUCGUUGAACAGCUGAAGGGCCUAUCAUCGUAUCUUUUGAGGCCGUUGCAGGGAGUAGUCUUCAAGCUAUAUCUUAACAUAACAACACGUUUCAUGUGUCGUAAAGCCGGCGUUAACAAAUAAAAUCAUAAAAGUUUAUUAACUAGUAAUAACCAAAGGUUAGGGAGUGCGGGCGACAACGAUCGAAGGUCAAAACGCAUUUGCUCCAACGCUGUGCUUUGCGUAAGUUUCACGAGACAGAUGGUGAAAACACGCAUGAUUAGGUUAUGAGGGGUACAUGGUCGAAAUGCGCUAAUCAAAUUGCGUUUUGUGCAUUCCAUUCUUUCUUAGUGGAAGUCCAAACGAAUACUGGCCACAUACGUGCGACGCAUGCGUAAUAACAACCUGGAGAUUAGGAUUGCGGGCUCCUCCUGUCGCCCGCAAUUAUUAAAAGACAAUAUUACUGCUCAUGAAAAUAUUCUAGCAAUGCAACGUAUCAGCCAGAGACACUCAUUAACCCCACAGUGCGCCUUAAUGACGUGUUUGUUUAGGUUAACUUUUUAUUUUUUCCCUAUUAACAGAUCCAGAUGAACAGCUGAAUCCCAAGAAAAAGAUUUUUGAAACUCUCAAGGUAAAUUCAGAUUUUCGUCAGUAGGAUAAUGCUUCUUUAGUCUUUUUUCUGUGAGAUAAGUGUCAGUUACCUCUCACUUGCAUUUAAUAAUCUUCUGAAUUUUUAGGGGCAAUAGGGAGUUUGAGAUACGCAGACGGCGGUGGCAACGAGAGCGACCUUGUUUAUACACAUGCAGAUUAGUGUGACACGAACAUCGGUUGCUUUUCACUGUUUCUAUUGAAUGGUUUUAAUCUUUCUCUCUUUGUGCUUUUCAGCCUGACUUGGUAACUUCCGACGAGGGUAUAGCAGAGUACAAAGGGUGUGCGAUGGUGACAGCCGCUGGCCAGAUUACUGCUUCUCUGAGAAACGCGCAAAUUAGUUGACGUCUUUAAACAUCAGUUACAAAUGACAAUUACUCAGUACUUAGCAGAUCCCUCGAACUGCAGUGAAAAUUUGAAUUGAAACUAAAUGUAUUUUUGUUCAACUUCCAUAUUCUGUCGGUAGUAAGCCUUAAAGCGAACCUCCACUUCAACAAAAAGAUAACUUUAAAUCACAGGAAAUAACUGUUACAGUCAAGUCAAUCUCAAAUACUUUUAAAGAAAGCGUUUGUAUCCGAAAGAAAUAACUUUUAGAUUCGCCUAUUUUUGUUUUCAAAUUUUGCUGGCGUCGCCAUCUUGAAUAAUUGUGACGUGUUACGGUUGCCCUAUU